ACAAUAAAUUUAGUUGUUUUGUUACUAAAGUUGUUCGAAAAGCGUACAAAUAAUUUGCUUAAACAAAAGCUGCACGACUCACCUUUGGUCAAUAUUGACCCAAACGUUGUCAUCUGUGCACCUGGCGCUGACUUUACUCCUUCUUCUGCCAUGCUGGACGGGUUUCCAUACAUUCAAAAAGACUCCUUUAAACGUCCUCUUGAGGAUACCGACCGU